AGCGCGAUUUUUUAAUUUUUUAAAGGGCCGGCGGCGACCGUGCCCCCUCUGCCCCGCCCCGCCAUGGCCAGCAACGUCACCAACAAGACGGACCCUCGCUCCAUGAACUCCCGGGUCUUCAUCGGGAACCUGAACACGCUGGUGGUGAAGAAGAGCGACGUGGAGGCCAUCUUCUCCAAGUACGGCAAGAUCGUGGGCUGCUCCGUCCACAAGGGCUUCGCCUUCGUCCAGUACGUCAACGAGCGCAACGCCCGGGCGGCGGUGGCAGGAGAAGACGGGCGCAUGAUCGCCGGGCAGGUCUUGGAUAUCAACCUGGCGGCCGAGCCCAAGGUGAACCGGGGCAAGGCGGGGGUGAAGCGCUCGGCGGCCGAGAUGUACGGAUCGUCCUUCGACCUGGACUACGACUUCCAAAGGGAUUACUACGACCGGAUGUACAGCUACCCGGCGCGCGUGCCCCCGCCGCCCCCCAUCGCCCGCGCCGUCGUCCCCUCCAAGCGCCAGCGCGUCUCGGGCAACACCUCGCGGCGCGGCAAGAGCGGCUUCAACUCCAAGAGCGGCCAGCGCGGCUCCUCCUCCAAGUCCGGCAAGCUGAAGGGCGACGACCUGCAGAGCAUCAAGAAGGAGCUGGGGCAGAUCAAGCAGAAGGUGGACGCGCUGCUGGAGAGCCUGGAGAAGAUCGAGAAGGAGCAGAAGCAGAAGGGGGAGAAGGCGGAGGAGGAGUUGGGGGGCGGCUCGGCCAAGAAGGAGGAAGGGGGCGGCGGGGCCAAGGCGGAGGCGGGGGGCGAGGACUCGGCCGAGGAGGGCGACCUGCUGGACGACGAGGAGGCCGAGGAGCGGGGGGACGACCAGCUGGAGUCGCUGAAGGGGGACGAGAAGGAGGCGGAGGAGGGGGAGGACGACCGCGACAGCGCCAACGGGGAGGACGAUCCCUGAGCCCCACACCCUGCCCCACACCCCGCCCCACACCCUGCCCCACACCCGCCGUGCUCGUGCUCUCGUGACCCCAACCCCCCCCCCCCCCCCCCCCCCCCCUCCCAAAACCCCCUCGACCUCCCCCUGCCCCAUAGCGGUCGGUCCCGCCCCACACCCUGCCCCACAACCGCCCCCCCCCACCCCCGACCCCCAACCCCUGGGAUUUUGAUACCUCGGCGGCCAUUAAAGGACGGAUGGUUUGUAA